AUGGCUGCUGAUGUUUUGCGACGCAGAACAGAGGCCGUGAGGAACAGGAGUCGCGAAGAUGCGGAGAAGGGCGCGUUCGAUAAGGAGGCACGCGACAGGAGUACUGGGUUGUUCAGAGUAAUCGCACCGACUGUCAGCAAUGUCUGUGCUUCGCAAGCUCCCGGGACUACGACGAUCAUGGCGUCCACGUCAUCGGUGCACGGUAUUUGGAAAUAG